GAUGAGAGAAGAAAUAGUGAUUCAAAGAAGAUAAAGACACAUCCUACAUGUGAAUUUCCACCGCUGCUCUGUGUGUGUUUGUCAUCGAGGGACAUUUUUACCUGCAGAGGCAGAUUUGACUGAGCGGCUCUAUUGUCCCUGAAAGCCACAGACUCCGGCUCCAGCAGCCUCCCUCACUUCCAGUCAGGCCAGUGAAGUGCUACCUCCAACCCAGCUGAGAUGGCUCCCUCCCUGGCCACAGCGUUCUCUCGCCGCUGGUGGAUGGCGGUGACAGCGGUCAUUGAAAACCUGCUUUUCUCUGCUGUGCUGCUGGGCUGGGGAUCCCUGCUCAUCAUGCUCAAGUCGGAGGGCUUCUACUCCUACCUGUGCAAAGGACCUGAUAACAGCUCCAGCAUCAACCACUCCAACAUCAACACCACUGCGCCAUCUGAUUCUGAGGAGUACCUGGAGAUGAAUGGCUGGCCCAUCUGCAAGGACCAGGAUGAGAUGCUGAACCUGGCCUUCACUGUGGGCUCCUUCCUGCUGUCUGCCAUCACCCUGCCCAUGGGCAUCGUCAUGGACAAAUAUGGUCCACGGAAGCUACGACUUCUGGGCAGUGCCUGCUUUGCAUUCUCUUGCCUACUCAUCGCCUACGGUGCCAGUGAUCCCAACAAUCUGUCCAUCCUGAUCUUCUUUGCUUUGGCGAUGAAUGGGUUUGGAGGCAUGUGCAUGACCUUCACUUCACUGACACUCCCCAACAUGUUUGGAGACCUGAGGUCAACCUUCAUUUCUCUGAUGAUUGGAUCCUACGCCUCCUCUGCUGUCACUUUUCCCGGCAUCAAGGUGAUCUAUGAUCUGGGUGCAACCUUCAUCAUCAUCCUGCUGGUGUGGGCCGCCUGCGCUUGCCUCGUCUUCUUCAACUGCUUUGUCAACUGGCCUCUGGAGCCCUUCCCCGGCCCAGAGGACAUGGACUACACGGUGAAGAUCAAGUUCAGCUGGCUGGGCUUUGACCACAAGAUCACAGGGAAGCAGUUUUAUCGGCAGGUGACCACAGUGGGGCGCCGUCUCAGUGUCGGCAACUCCAUGAAGCAGCAGCACCAGCCGGCCAAAGACCUGGCCUCGCAGGAGGCCAACAAGCUGUGCCUGUCCACUGUUGACCUGGACGUGAAGUGCAAAGCCAAGGAAGAGACUCAGUCCUUCAUGAAGAGUAUCCUCAGUCCCAUCUUCAUGCUGAGCCUCAUCACCAUGUGUGUGACCCAGCUGCGCCUCAUCUUCUACAUGGGAGCCAUGAACACCAUCCUGGAGUCCCUGACAGAGGGAGACCUCAGCACAGUGGAGAAGAUGCAAGUGGUGAGUGUUUACACGUCCAUCUUUGGCGUGCUCCAGCUUUUGUGUCUGGUCACCUCUCCUGUGAUUGGCCAAGUCAUGGACUGGAAGCUCAAGGACUGCGAGGAGGAUAAUGACAAGAGUGCCAAGAGGGAGCCUGGUCAGCCUCGUCGCAAUGACAAAAAGAUACAGAAGAUCGUCAACGCCACCAGAGCCUUUAUCUUCACUAACCUACUCCUGGUUUGCUUUGGAGUCACCUGCAUCGUCCCUAACCUGCCACUUCAGAUACUGUCCUUUAUCCUGCACACUAUUGUCAGAGGCUUCAUCCACUCUGCAGUUGGAGGCCUCUAUGCUGCUGUGUACCCAUCCUCUCAGUUUGGCAGCCUGACAGGCAUGCAGUCUCUGAUCAGCGCUCUGUUCGCCCUGCUCCAACAGCCUCUCUUCAUGGCCAUGGUGGGACCCCUGGAGGGAGACCCUCUAUGGGUAAACGUGGGACUGUUGGUGGUUAGCAUGCUGGGAUUUUGCCUCCCUCUCUACCUGCUGUGCCACAGCCGCCACCUGCAGCGCCUCAGAGACGAGCGCAAUGACGAUCCCAAGAUCUACGCCAAGAUUAACGACGACAGCAAGCCCGAGGCUUUUGUCUAGACCGUGAGGAAGAACAGAGUCAAAGAUGAUGUUUUAAAAAAUGAAGAGGUCGAGCUACACUAAAAAAAGAGAAGGACAGGGAGAAGAAGAGAGGGGAGGGGGAGAGUGGCGGAGGUCACUUGCCUGUGUGACACCUCUCUCAGUUCGUCAGACAGCUCACAAAUUAAACACACUUUCACUCACACCAUUUCACUGCCAAUCUUAUUUUGUCAAUAUGACUACACACCACUGUGACACACAGUCUCACCCUCUCUGAUACUGUACACUGUUAGAAACCUGACACACACACACACACACACACACACACACACACACACACACACACACACACACACACACACACACACACACACACACACACACAGUUCAAGCUCCACGGAGAGCUCCGACUCACUCGACUGCAUCUCUGAACUGAGGAGAAAAUAGACUGAUGGCAGACUUUUUAUAUCUCCCCAAAUGACUCCUCUACACAUCUUUUCUUCACUCUUGUCAUUUUUAUUUCUCGCUGUUACAUCUGUCAGUGACGGUCGACUGGUUCAGCCUCUUCAGUCCAACUUAAAAAAAAAAAAAAAUACAAUAGAAGAAGAAGAAGGUGCCAGUCAAUGGAAAGCCACAGCGAGGACAUUUCUAAGGUGUCAAAUGUAAGCAUUGUGUUUUUAAAGCCACCUAACAGUAACUGACUGUGGCGUUGUGAACAUGUACAGCAGUAACCAUGACUACCUUUGCUUUUUGAUUGGUUCAGGUUUGUCUGAGGUGCCGUUCACCCAGUAAACUGUCACCUCUCUCAGACAGCACAAGCCAGUGUUUAAUGGGGCUGCUUGGUGUCUGUCUUAGUUUUACAGACUUAAAUGUCUUUUGGGAGACAAACACCAAACACCAAACACACACACACACACACACACACACACACACACACACACACACACACACACACACACACAAGUGGCACCCUUGGUCCUGGCAUCUCUGCUUCCUCUUGUGCUCCAGGGCAUUACAGAAUAACAAUCCACAGACAGCAGUAUUGGUAGCAGUUCAGAUUGAAACACAGUAUCAUGACUUAGUUAGUUACGAAAACGCUGCAGCAUCUCUGUGUGUGUGUGUUACAUAAUGCAGUGUGAGAAAAAAUGGUUUCUGGGGUCAGAUACUACACUGCAUGAUGCCAGAGACAGGGCUGGUCCUAUAUUACUGUUUCACUCAGUUACUAAUGCAGGAAGACUGGCUCAAUCUGCCAUGUUUGUUUGUUUUUUUUGUUCAUGAAUUCCUUUUUUGUGUGUUUGAAAUAUGUAACCGUUUUUUUUUUUCCUCAAAUGUAUUUACUUGCAAUAUGAUCAUCGAUGCGUUGUUACUGUAAAUCUUUGCUCCCUAUACGUAAUCUGACAACGUGGAGGAGAAGUGUGUUUUUUUAAAGGCUGGAGUGACGUAGAGAUGGAGUGACGUAGAGAUGGAGUGACGUAGAGAUGGAGCUCUGCGUUAUUCCACUUCGCUACACACAUGAAUUUGGAGUCUCGAUUCAUUGUAGCAAUAAGUGCUUCUGUGAGGUGCUGGGCAACAUGUACACACACAAUUACACACAUACAGGCAAACAUGUACAUUUUAUUAACUGUAUUUCUAAAUCAAAAUGGUGCUAGUUGAAACACAAAUUAUUUUUUUUGCAUUUUGCUUUAAGGGGCAAUUGAGGUCAUUGUUACCACAAAGGCAACAAAUUGACAUCAACUUACUGACAAGUGCUGUUUCUUUAUUCAGCGGCACAGAGGAUUCCAAAGAAUCAAUCAAGUUACUGUUUCAAAUAACUACUUUGCUCUUGGCUUCUUAUCAGUUUUCUGGUAAUUCUGCACCGUAACACAAAGUGCAACCACAGCAGCAGCUCUGGGAAACUUGAACUCACCUCUUACAGACAUAAAGGUAGAUUUGCUUGAAGGUAUCAGGCUGUUAAAGACACACUCCUCCAGCCCCUGAGAAAAGUGGUAUGUACAGAUUUGAUAUGAUACAGGGAGAUAAUAAUUUCUGUUUGAUUCAGCCUGCUGUCUUCAGAUGCCAUACAGAGAGGCUCCUCAGAUAUUUCCUGCCUGGCAGUAACUCACAGAGGCACUUCCAAAGACAGCCAUGACCCUCAUAGUGCCUCCUUAUAUGUGUUCAGAAAAUGGGAGGAGUGGAUCCAGGCAGGAUGUGGCGCACCCAAUCCCUCUUUCCCUCCAUCUAUCCAUCCAUCUAUUGCUUUCAUCCAUCCAUCUGUCUGCAAACACGCCUUGAAAUGUUUACUGAUGACAGGUUACAGAGCUGAGAGACAAGCCUCUGCUGCAAUCAGAUGCUCGCAAUGAAUGAUUAUAAGUGAGAAACGAAUGGCACAUGAUGCACUUUAGACCCCUAGAAACGGACCUCAGUCAUGUAUUUCUGAAUGGCUUGCCAACACUGUAUCGUACACGCAAUGCAUGGCUGCUUACUAGUGGAAGAAUGUAUACUUAGAGCUUCAGAUGUAGAUUUUUUAAUACAGAACAUGGGAACGGAAAUAUGCUGUUAUUUUUUUAAUAUUCACAGACUUAAAAAAACAACCCUGUUCAUUAUAUCGCCUUUAUGUACACAGACAGUGUGGCAGAGCCUUGUCUCUCACUUCAGGAACUUUCAUAAGCGUGGAUCAGAUAUAUUCAUCCUUACUAAACUGCAUGAGAAAAAGAGCAAAGAGAAUUGUAUGGAAUAAAAUUGGCAGUGGUUAUUUAAAUGUGUUUAGUUAGAUGACAAAUGUGAAAAAAGCUUUUGUGAAGUGAAAAAAAAAUGUUUUGUAUAGAAAACUAAAUUCCCAUUUGUACAUUUCUAUGCAUGUCAAAUGAAAUGUCCCAAAAUGUUUAAAUUGUUGUAGCUCCAAAGUACAAAACGUGUGUCUCAAGCCAUCCAUCCAUUUUCCACCACUAGGUUGUGGUGGCAGGCUCAGGCUAUCUAAGAUAAGCCAGACAUCCUUCUCUGAAUUUUGUCAUUUGUCAGUCUUUAUUUGUACGUUGUAGAUACAAACCCGCACAGAGACACUGAUUGUUUUUGCACUAUUAUUCCUUUGAAAAGUGGAAAAAAAUUCUCAUAUACUCAACAGUUGUUGUUUCCAAAACACCGGUUUUGUACUUGAAAGAUACAACAAUGUGACUUUGUGCAUAGAAAUGUAAAAUUGAUUUGCACAAAUAUUUAAUUACGAGUGCACAAUUUUUGUUUUCACAGAACCUUGUUCACAUUUGCCAUUCUUAUAAAACACGUAAAUAAUUUAACUCCACAGUGUAUCUGGUGGCGUGCUGGUGUGUCCUGUAACUAAUACUCCUGUGACUUGACAUGCUGUUAAGACUAGAGACGACAGGCAGGAACAGAUAUACUCUGAUGCAGUACUUUACUCCAGCACUAUGAAUGUGGGUGAUGAUGGACAUUGAUUUUUCAUUCAUUCAGCACUUUUCUUCACUGCCUUACCUUAAACAACUCACCCUGUCCUCAAUGCCAUCACCUUCCCCUGUCUAACCCCAGCCUCCUAGGAUAGGAAUUCUGCAGUAGUUUAGUGAUCGAUGUUUUGAAUAAUUGUGUAUUCUCUGAAGAUGAAUCCUAGCGUCAGCUUGUGCUUGCGGGUGUUUUUAUGGUUGUGUGUGAUGAUAGGAAAUGAGGAUUUCAGCUUGAACACAGACACCUUGUUUCCCUCCCCUGGCAUGUACCUUUUAUAUUGUUUCUAGUUACCAUGCGCCAGUUUAUUUUCUUAGUUUUUUUAUUAAGCUUUUUUUCUCUGAUGUUUACGAGAAUGUGUAUUUUCAUGGACUUAUAUUGUAUAUUUGGUUGUCUUUUGUCUUGUACCAACAGUAUAGCCAUUAUCAUUGACAUUUUCAAGUCAUGUUUCAACUGAAAGAAAAAAAAAGAUAUCAAUCAAUAUAUGAAGCAAAAUAAACACAAUCGUUUGUA